GAAAGGAAAAAUGUUUUUCGACGGUCAAUUAUCAUUACUUUUAUUAUUGGCUUGCGUUUCAAUCGUUUUUGGUAGUAUGAUUGAAAUAUGUCCAUCAUAUGAAAUAUUAUAUCCAUGUUUUUGUAAUUUUAUGCCAAAAUAUGGUGCCAAAACCGUUGAAUGUAAUGAUCCGAAUCUAAUAACAAGUGAAUGUCAUUCAUCAGUGAUCACUUGUAUUGGUAAUCGAAUGACACAAUUACGACAAAUUUUUCAACAAAUCCAUCCUAACAAUAAUCACAACAACAAUGGCAAUGGCAAUGGCAAUUAUUUUCAAAAAUUCAAAUGGUUCUAUAUGAUUGAUAUGGAAUUAGAAUCGUUGGAAAAUAAUUUAUUUGCAAAUAUUUAUUUUGAAAAUAUUUACCUACAAAAUUGUCCAAAAUUAUUGUAUAUCAAUGAAUAUGCAUUCGGUAAUCAAAGUCGAUUAUUCGUUCGAAAUAUUUAUCUGAAUACUACAAGCCUGAGCGAUAAUACACACUGGAAACGAAAAACAUUCAAAGCAUUAAGUUUAUUGAAAAAUCUUCAUGUAUUAGAAUUUCAAUCACAUUCAAUGCAAACAUUACCAUAUAAAGCAUUCAGUAAAUUUACUGAUGUUAAAAUCAUACGAUUCUAUAAUCCAGAACAACGUGGCCAAUUAAUUCGAAUAAAUUCGAAAGCAUUUUAUCGUGCAACUAAAUUGGAAGAAAUUGAUCUGAAAAAUAAUCGUAUCACACAUAUUAGUUCAUAUGCAUUUCAUUUUCAACGACCAUCACGGCAUGAAUUACGUAUCUAUCUAAGUGGAAAUGAUCUACAUACGGAUAGUUUUGAACCGAAUGCAUUCGAUGGUGGUAAUAGAAGACGUGUAAUAUUAUAUCUUGGUGAUUAUGGUCAUUGUAAUCUAAUGUUAAAAACAUUGAAACAAAAUGUUUUCGAAACAUUUCUAUUGGAAAACAGACAGAAUAUUAUCGAUAUGUAUGGAUGUCCAUUGAUUUGUGAUCAACAAAUGGAUUGGCUACUCAGCGAUGAUUAUCGUAAUCAAAUACGAAAUUUACUAUGCUAUAAUAAGACUAAACUUAUCGAUACAGAUCGAUAUGAAUAUUAUCAUGUUUAUCAAUAA